CAUUAUGCGUUCGGCUACACAAGCAGGGCUGGGCCACAAUUAAACAGCUUCUGCAGAAGGACGUUAUGGUGCUUUGAGAGCUACUCCACCAUGCAGUCCACCAUGAAUGUCGACGGACUUCAGCGACAGAGCAGCCAUGAUAACUGCAAUGUGGAUAACACUCUGAGGAAGAAAGCUGCUCUGUGGUACCGGCGAUCGCUGAGGGGGAGCAGUGACCGACGGCGACAGAACACCGGCUCGCUGCCCAGAGGUCACAAGCCUAAACUAACCCACACCAACUCUCUGGUUGAUUACACGGACCCGCAAAGAACCACAGUGGUGUUGGAAAAACAAGACAAUGAAACGUUUGGUUUUGAAAUUCAGACCUAUGGUUUGCAGCUGAAGAACACCUCUGAAGUGGAGAUGUGCACCUUUGUGUGCAAUGUGAAGGAAGACGGCGUGGCUGAAAGCGCUGGCUUGACCGCAGGAGAUGUUAUCAUCACCAUCAACGCGGUCAGUAUAGAAGGGUUGUCUCAUCAACACAUUCUUGACCUUAUCAGACAAUCAACAAACAAUCUAAAGUUGGAGACUGUGUGUGGUAAUGUCGUGAAGAAGAUAGAGCUUGAGAAGAAACUCAACCAGCUCCAGCAGUCCCUGCGUGAGAAGCUGAAGGAGUUUCAAGCGCUCACAUUACAGGAAAAAGAUCUCAUGCGAGAUAAUUUAAACGACAGCAGCCUCAAUCUGCUGAUGGACUCUUCCUCUGCUCUGGGCUCCCCUCUGUACCGCCGGGGUCGCCGAUUUUCAAGCGACAGCAGCUACAGGAGUGGGAUGACGGACGACAGCGACCAGGCCAGUGUGUUCGAUGAUCUGAGCUCGCCCAGUCCCUACAGCUCAGCCAGCACCACGGAUGAUGGCUGCUUCUUCUCUCGAGACUUCCCCUUUCAGGACGGGAAGAGGAGGAUGUCCUCGAGCUCCAGCGUCCACCACCAGACCAUCAGCCGCUCCAGCAGCUCCAGUCUGGCCGGCAGCAGCACCUCCCUGUCUCCGUCCUGGGAUGAGACGAGGAUCUCAUCCUUGUUUGGGACUCUGCCCAGGAAAGGCAGGAGGACCAGUGUGCGCAAACAGAUCUUUAAGUUGAUCCCUGGACUUCAGCGAUCAGUCGAAGAGGAAGAAAUGGGAACAUCUUAAAGCGUUCCUCCUGUGCUCCUUCUGCCAGAUCGACAUUAAGGGCUAGUUUAAGACUGCAGCAGUUACAAAGACACUCUGAUGAAGUGUUUCCUCACACUUCAAGUGAAGAUUCAAGUUUACUCCAAUGCUUUCUGAGCCUUGUCGGGGAGCUGAGCUCAUUGUUUGGACUAAAAUUCCUGUACAAAAGCAUUACGAAAAUGAAUGCAUGUUGAAUGAAUGUAAGAACAGACUGUGAUGUACAAUAGAUGAACUUAUAUCCUACUUACUUGAAUUGUUUUUUUCUUUCUGUGGAACAUUCACAGAGCAGCAUUAACGACAGUUUAAAUUUCACAUUCAAUCCAUCACUUUGCAUUUUAAAGUCACACCGUCUUUGAACCAAAUUAAUAAAUCAGAUGAACAUUUCAGCAUCACCUUUAUGCCUUCUCAGGUGCUUAAAACCAAAACCAAAUCUGUAAACCAUAUACAAGUCUGUUAAAUUCAAAACAGGAUGUGGGUAUGAGCGUACUACGUAGCUUUUUUUUUUUUUCCAUUUCCAAAGUUACUUUCGAACCCUAAAGGAUACAACUUACUUCCUGUCCACAGAAACAGUGAAACUACUCAUCUAAAUCCUACAAGUUCAGAAAAGGUGUAUGUAUAUAAAAGCAACAUGUUGUAAAGAUUGUGUUUUUGAUUUAUGCUUUCUUUUAUGCUCUCAAAUAAAAAUUGUACACAAGUAU